AUCUCUGUUUUUCACCAUUCUUCGCGUGGAUACGGUUUCAUACUGUGGCGGAUCUAAAUAUUGUGUUCUCUAGCACUCCAUAUUCAUAAGAAAGGAUCCUGUCCGACUAUCUGUCUGCCAUUUCUAAGUCGAUCCGGCUGCCCGACCUAACCUCGCUGCAAUCUGGUAGCCUGCUGUGCCAUAUAUGGUCUCUCUGCCUGGAUCAUGGAUACAACAGAAUCACCGCUUCUAGAAAAUUUCAUCACCACACCCAAGCACAGCCUGGAAGCUGAUCGGCCAAUCUCACCCUCGUCAAACUCACUGGAGCCAAUCGUCUUCUUUCCUAAAGCACGAUGGCCAGAUCCGAACCGGAACGCUGUGGCACGAAUGAACCCGAUCACUAUUGCUCACCGCGGCGCCAAAGCCAAGUUCCCAGAGAAUACUAUGGGCGCGUUUAUCCACGCCAUCGAUGUUGGUGCACAAGUCAUUGAGACUGACCUGCACCUUUCCAGGGACGGGGAAAUUGUUCUAUCUCAUGAUGCGACCCUCCAACGCUGCUUCGGUGUGAAAAAACGGAUCAUCGAUUGUGAUUGGCAAUAUCUCAGCACCCUACGGACGACAGGAGAACCUGUCGAAUUCAUGCCCCGCUUGGUUGAUGUGCUGCGGUACGUUUCUGCUGCGCCUGAACGGAAAGACGUGUGGAUUCUAUUAGAUAUCAAGCGUGACAACCAUCCCGAAACCAUCAUGGACACUCUUGCAGACUUACUCCGCUCCACCCCUUCAGAACACAAGCCGUGGAACGAGAGGAUAAUCCUCGGCUGUUGGACAACUAAAUACCUUUCCCUCGCCCACCGCCUUUUCCCGGCCUACCCGGUCUCCCUAAUCUCCUUCUCCCUCGCCUUCGCCCGCCAAUUCCUGAAGGUCCCCCACAUAAUCUUCAACAUGAAUAUGCACGCGCUCAUGGGCCCUGGGGGUGCGCAAUUCCUCGCCGACGCCAGGGAGGCGGGGCAGCAGGUCUUCGCGUGGACGGUGAAUAGGGAGGAGUUUAUGCGGUUGUGCAUUCGGCGCGGGCUCGAUGGGGUUGUCACGGAUGAGGUGGAGUUGUGUCGGCGGACUUGCGACGGGGGGAAGGAUGGGCCGUGUCGUUUGCUUGAGAAUGGGGGAGAUGAUGAUGGCGAUGACGGGCUAACCGUGCUGCAACGCGCUGGUGUGCUGGUUAGGGCUGUGCUCUUGUACGCGGUAGGGAGCCUGUUUACCGCUGUUUAUCGGGUGGAUUUAGAUCACUUUAUUUAUGGGUUGUAUCAUGAUGGGAACGGAAAAGAAUAUAAAUAGAGGCCUAGAUUUUCCCCGUUUUUUGAAUUGAGUUAGAUGGAAUUGUAUGCUUGACAAUGAAUAAGGAGCAUGGUAAAUAUGUG